AUGAUACUUUUCCUUGGCGCGGAGAACAGUUUCAACUUGUUCGUGUGCCAGAAAGAUAGUGCUGCUACGACCGACGAGGAGCGGCAGCAGAUGGGCUACAUGGGACUGUUCCACAACGGGGACAUGGUCAACGUCAUGCGCGCCGGCUCGCUCGUGGGGCAGCACGCCGACACCAACGCGCCCGUCACCAACCCCGUGUUGCUCGCCACCGUCUCUGGCGGCAUCUGCUUAGUCGUACAACUGGCACAGGAACUGUACGAAUUCCUCCACCAGCUAGAAGAGCGUUUGACCCACACGAUCAAAUCCGUGGGCAAGAUUCCUCACUCGUUUUGGCGCUCCUUCAAUACGGACAUAAAGACUGAACCGGCGGAAGGGUUCAUCGAUGGUGACCUCAUCGAGAGCUUUUUAGACCUCAGCAGAGAAAUGCAAAAAGAGACGGUUACGGGCUUACAGAUCGACGAUGGCGGCGGGAUGAUGCGCGAGGCGACCGUAGACGACAUCGUAAAGGUGGUCGAGGACCUCACCAGGAUACAUUAG